UCACCGUCGAAGGAGGGAAAAACAAAAGUUCCCAAAAAACGAGCGUUUAGAAUUUUCACUACAUCACCCUUAUUAAUCUACGCUGCUGAAAUGUCUCAUUGUAAGAAAGAAAUUCAGACUUAGUUCGAAACUCACUUGCAAAAAGAGUCUUUGUUGGUGGGUCUCUGUGUUGUUCUUAGUUCUUACAACUGUAAUGGCUAUUACAGCAAUCUCCAACUCGAGUCAGAAUAUGAACGAGGUUGCUGCCGGAGGCGUGAAACCGAAGCGCUCCAAUUCUCGCGGAGUUCGAAUAGUGGGAAGCAGAAUCUACGAUUCUGCAAAUGGGAAAACUUGUCACCAGUGUCGGCAGAAAACCAGGGAUUUUGCUGUUUCUUGUAAGAAUAUGAAGAAAGGGAAACCUUGUCCCAUUAACUUUUGCCACAAGUGCCUCUUAAACAGGUAUGGGGAGAAGGCAGAAGAGGUGGAGCAGUUGGGUAAUUGGAUGUGUCCAAAAUGUAGAAACUUUUGCAACUGCAGUUUUUGCCGGAAAAAACAAGGUGAACUACCUACUGGUCAAUUAUUUCAUACAGCCAAGGCAUCUGGUUUCAAGUCAGUGUCUGAAAUGCUUGUUUCAAAAACUGCUGAAUCUAAUGAUUUGGAAUCGAACAAGGUGAAUAGGGUUUUUCCUUCAAAGGAAGCUACUGAGGUAAAGAAGCAAAAACGUGUUAAUAAAUCAAGUUCCGAUAAGGUUCCGGUGAGCAAAGCUGUUUCACCUAUGAAGCAAAUUGCAUCAGAUAAGGAGCUUGUAGUACUUCUCUCAGGAGAAAUUGGAAAGGAAAAUUCUUCAGAUGGAAAGCUUGACCCUGUGAUCAGUCAGAAGGCAUCAACCAAAAAAUCUAAGAAAACAAAGCGUGAAGAAUUAAAGGAAAUAUCUAAUGAGAACAAUGUUGAGAGUGCAGGCAAAAAGAAGAGCCUGAAAAGGCCUAAAAUUUGCAAAGUUCCAAGUGAGGAAGCAAAAGGAAAAGCAAAUGAUGAAACUAAAGUUUGCAACGGAGUCUCUAAAAAGGAAACAAAAGUAGAUAGAAACCAUGAUACUGCUCAUAUAUUGAUGGACAGUCCAGAGGCUCAGGCUGCAAAUGAUCUUUUACUGUUUGGAAAAUAUGCCAAAGGCAACCCUUUCUCUGAGGUGCAACCACAAAUGCAUAAAAAUCCUGACACUAUUUUUGAAGAUCCAGCAAAUGAUCCCAUUGUCCCUGUGACUUUGGCUCCAAAACAUUAUUUAUUCAAUUCUAAACAUCCAGAUAUGAAACAUAUGCAUGGUGAAAAUUGGAACAACACUGUACUUGUAGAUGGUAAUGCUGGUGCCAAGUUCCAAGUAGGAAUAGCAACGUUCCCAAAUAUUGGUAUGAAUUUAGUGGUGGAAAAAAUUGAAGAGGAAAUUCCUUUGCCCCCUGGAACUGAGUUAACAGAAAUAUUGGACACUGAGCUCCCACCUGAAGAUGUUGGAAAUGCGUUGCAGCUUUUAGAGUUUUGCAGAGUGUUUGGAAAGGCUCUUGAUCUCAAGAAGGGAGAAGCUGAAGCCAUCUUACGAGAAUUAGUGCGUAAACAAAAUUUGCGUCGAGGACAAAACACUUUAGUGGUUCAGUUUCAAAUUAGAGUGUUGACCUUGAUACUAACUGAUUCAGGAAAUGAGUCUCCAUCCUUGACUACUAGCAAUGGAAAUAAUUCAUGGUUGAAACCAUUGGAGGAUUUAAUUGCUGGAUCUGAUCAUAUAUUAAAAGAUUUUCCUUUGGAUUGGCUUCAAGAAGGCGUUGGUGGAUAUUACAAUUUGGAUUUAUCUAAAAAGCUCACACUGCUGAAUUUUCUUUGUGAUGAAGCUUUAAUUACUGACAAACUGAGGAGUUGUAUUGAAGAUCAAAAUUCAAGGCAUGCAGAAGAAGUGAAGGAAGCAAAAAACAAGAUUGCUGCAGCUAAGGAAAAGGAAAAGGGUCUUAGGCAGAAGUUGCAGAAUGAGAUGGUUAAAGCUGUUCUGUCAAAUGUGGCUCCCCUUCGAAUGGAGAAGCAUGAUGCUCUUCUUAAAAAGAUGAAAAGUGAAGUGGCUCAAGCUCAUGCUGUGGUGCUUAAGCUAAAGGGCACAAUUCCAAAAGGGAAACAUAGUUCUGAUGCUAUGAGAAUCGAGCCUGCGUGUUUGGACAACAAUGGUCAGGUGUUUUGGAAGUUGAAAAGUUAUAAUAGUGAAUGUGCUGUUCUGUUGCAAGAUAUCAAAAUUAAGGAUGAAACUGCUACUGCACCUGCUGAAAAAUGGUUUGUUUAUGGUCCUGAAAAGAAGGAUGAGGUUGAUAAGUACAUUUCCUCGAGGGCUAAAAGACUUAAAGGUCACAAGGUUGCUUACAUGCUUUCGCAGUGAAGCAAAUAUGUAGGAUGUUUCUGGUUUUGGUGGGAAUCUUAUUCUCCGUUUUUGUAGUGGUGUACAAAAGGAACUUCAUUAUUGUGGUCAACAAUCUACAUAUAGGAAAAUUCUGAUGUUGCUGCUGCUGAUGAUGUUAAAACAUAGAAACAAAUAUUGAUUCCUUGUAUCUUAGGUUCCUAGAUUUGAUGUUUAGCUUCCAACUUUUUUAUGAUAGAGCUUAAGUAGGUUUCAUUGUAAUUACUUUUCAUGGUGUAAUUUUUUUGAUGUGAAUUGUUAGUAUGUGAAUUGACCCAUCCAAUUAAUUGAAAAAGUGAUGUCUUCUCGAUAUUCCGAAGUA